AUGACGACGUUCACUCUGUCGAUGACACCGAUGGCCAUCACCUUUUCAACUGUCUUUCUGAUUUGCUCUCUGGACCUCGAAGAGAAGUUACCUGCGAUGAUGACUAUCCAAAAGAUGGAGCCAACGACGAUCCAGAAGACGGUGCCGACGUCGAUCCUCGUGACGAAGCCGACACCAAAGUCCACCUCCUCGUUGCCUCUGUCUCUCUGA